UGCCUAUGCAGUGACGUGCAGGAUCUGAAGAGGCCUCUUGUUCGCCCCUACCUGGUCCUGCAGAUGUCUUCUCUGCCACUGACUCUGCAGCACCGAGCCUGGACAUCAGGAACAUCUCCUCUGACAUCUCCUCUGAUGCGCCUGACCACCAUUUCCAGAACUGCAACCCCACUCAGUGGCCUCCUGCCUACCCAGCCAGUGUUGGGUAGACCGCUUGGCAAAAAACUUUUUUGGCCGCUUUUGGCCAUACUCACCGUUUAGUUGUCUAUCUGUCGCUUUUUUUCUUUUUUCUUUUCCCUUUUGUGCUCGUUGCCUUGAGCUGCUGGCUCACUGCUUGGGACUCAGCAUGGAGAAUAUGGAGCAAUGUGUUUCCCAGGUGAUGCAGAAGGACCUAGGCCGGCGAUUACAGGUCGGUCAGGAUAUUAUAGACUACAUCUUGGACAGGCAGAGAUCUCACGACUUGGAGCAGGAUCAGACUCUGCUGGACAGAAUGGCGGACAACAUUGCCUCGUCAUGGGUCAAUUCCAGUAAUUUUAAGGUUGCAUUGCUGGGAAUGGACCUGUUGUCAGCCUUAGUAACCAGGUUGCAGGAUCGCUUCCGUUCCCAAAUAGGAACAGUCCUGCCCAGUCUGAUAGACCGCUUAGGGGACGCCAAGGACCAGGUGAGGGACCAGGACCAAACUCUGCUGCUGAAGAUCAUGGAGCAAGCGGCCACGCCACAGUACGUGUGGGAUCGAAUGUUGGGCGGAUUCAAACACAAAAACAACAGGACCAGAGAAGGAGUCUGCCUCUGCCUUAUCUCCACCCUUAAUUUAUAUGGAGCCCAAGGACUCACCCUCAGCAAAAUUGUACCUCACAUAUGUAACCUGUUAGGAGACCCAACAAGUCAGGUUCGUGACGGAGCCAUGAACUGCUUGGUGGAGAUCUACAGACACGUGGGGGAGAGGGUGCGCAUGGACCUGGGAAAGAAAGGCCUUCCCCAGUCCCGCUUGAAUGUAAUUUUUAGCAAAUUUGACGAAGUCCAAAGAUCGGGGAACAUGAUUCUCUCCUCUGAUAAGAACAUCGACGAUGACGACUCUGUGGACGGGGGGCGUUCCUCGUCCUCUAAGGGGGCGUCGUCAGUGCGACGGGCAGGAAACACCGGCUCCAUGCGCCGGCCUAGCUCCGCCUCCAGCUCCAAAUCCACAGGUAAAGAGGGUGGCAGCGCCGGGGCCGUGGAUGAGGAGGACUUCAUCCGUGCCUUUGACGACGUGCCCACAGUACAGAUCUACUCGGGCCGCGAGCUGGAGGACUCCAUGAACAAGAUCCGCGAGGUCCUGUCAGACGAGCGUCAGGACUGGGAGCAGAGGGUCACCGCGCUGAAGAAGGUGCGCUCGUUGCUGCUGGCCGGUGCUCUGGAGUAUGACGGGCUCCCUCAGCAUCUGCGUCAGAUGGAGCCGGCCUUCAAGCUCUCGGCCAAAGACCUGCGCUCACAGGUGGUGCGAGAGGCCUGCAUCACGCUGGGGCAUCUGUCCGUGUUGCUGGGUAACCGCUUUGACCACGGCGCGGAGUCCAUCAUGCCCACGCUGCUCAACCUGGUGCCCAACAGCGCCAAGAUCAUCGCCACGUCCGGAGUGGCUGUCGUCCGCAUCAUCCUGCGUCACACCCACUACCCUCGACUCAUCCCCAUCAUCACCAGCAGCUGCAUCUCCAAAUCUGUGGCCAUCCGACGGCGCUGUUUUGAGUUCCUGGACCUGAUCUUACAGGAGUGGCCCACAAACGCUCUCGAAAGGCAUGUUGCAGUGCUCAGCGAGACCGUCAAGAAAGGAGUACACGACGCAGACUCGGAGGCCAGAUCUGUGGCCAGAAAGUGUUAUUGGGGUUUCCAUGGCCACUUCAGCCGGGAGGCGGAGCAACUGUUCCAGGCUCUGGAGCUGUCCUAUCAGAAGGCUCUUCAGUCCCACCUCAAGGGCUCUGACAGCGUCAUGUCCCUCCCCCAAUCAGAUCGCUCCUCUUCCAGUUCCCAGGAGAGCCUCAACCGGCCGCUAUCGAAGAGCAGCUUUGGCGCAGGCAGAACUCCCAAGGCGGUUCCCUCGCGAGCGACUCCAGGCUCCUCCUCCCUGCAGCGUUCCCGUAGCGACAUCGAUGUGAAUGCCGCAGCCAGUGCCAAGUCUCGCAUGCCCUCAGUGCCCAGUGCUGCCCCCUUCAGCUCCGCCAACGCACUGCCCCCCGGCUCCUACGCCUCCCUAGAUGGCGGUACCCCUGGUAAAGUGGAGGGUCGUGUACGCACUAGGAGACCAAGUGCUGGCAGCACAGCAGGAAGUGUCACCCCAGCCACAGACAGCAGGGGGCGCAGUCGAGCUAAAGUGGUGUCUCAGUCUCAGCCGGGCAGUCGUUCCAGCUCGCCCGGGAAGCUGCUGGGUCACACGUACGGGCGUAUUCCUCGUCCGACGGGAGCCGCGACGCCAGCGGACGGCAGGCGGAGUCGCAUUCCCCGCAGCCAGGGCUGCAGCCGCGAGACCAGCCCCACACGCUCUGGCUCGGCGCGGGUGAGCCGUAUUCCGCGGCCCAGUGCGAGUCAGGGCUGCAGUCGUGACACGAGUCGCGAGAGCAGCCGUGACACCAGCCCCGCCCGUGGCUUCACCCCGCUGGUGUCACGACGUCACUCCCGCUCCACGAGCGCGCUCACAACGGCCGACCCACUCGGCUACUCAGACCGUUUUGGCCUUGCCCACCAGGCUCGGAUCUCGGCCUCCGUUAACGCCAUGCGCAUCCUCAACACGGGCACUGAUGUGGAGGCGGCAGUGGCAGACGCUCUGCUUUUAGGGGACUCCAGGAACAAGCGGAGGCCGAUGCGGCGCCGGUACGAGUCGCCGGGGAUCUACUCGGACGACGACGCCAACAGCGAUGCGUCCAGCGCCUGCUCGGAGCGCUCGUACGGCUCGCGCAACGGAGGCAUGCCGCACUACCUGCGCCAGACGGAGGACGUGGCCGAGGUGCUCAACCACUGCGCCAGCUCCAACUGGUCCGAGAGGAAGGAGGGCCUGCUGGGCCUGCAGAACCUGCUCAAGAGCCAGCGCAUCCUCAGUCGCGUGGAGUUGAAGCGGCUUUGUGAGAUUUUCACCAGAAUGUUUGCAGACCCACACAGCAAGGUGUUCAGCAUGUUCCUGGAGACGCUGGUGGACUUCAUCAUGGUGCACCGUGAGGACCUGCAGGACUGGCUCUUCGUGCUGCUCACGCAGCUGCUCAAGAAGAUGGGCGCCGACCUGCUGGGCUCCGUCCAGGCCAAGGUCCAGAAGGCCCUCGAUGUCACCAGGGAUUCCUUUCCGUACGAUCAGCAGUUCAACAUCCUGAUGCGGUUUAUCGUCGACCAGACACAAACACCCAACCUCAAGGUGAAGGUGGCCAUCUUGAAGUACAUCGACCUGCUCGCCCGCCAGAUGGACCCCACGGACUUCGUCAACUCCAGCGAGACGCGGCUGGCCGUCUCGCGCAUCAUCACGUGGACCACCGAGCCCAAAAGCUCCGACGUCCGCAAGGCAGCUCAGAUGGUCCUGAUCUCUCUGUUUGAGUUGAACACUCCGGAGUUCACCAUGCUGCUGGGAGCGCUGCCCAAGACCUUCCAGGACGGAGCCACCAAGCUCCUACACAACCACCUCAAGAACUCCAGCAACGCUGCCGCUGUGGGUUCUCCGAGUAACACAGUUGGUCGGACCCCUGCUCCCCGCCACCCCAGUAGUCGCACCAGUCCCCUCACCUCCCCCACCAACUGCUCCCAUGGAGGGCUCUCACCCAGCAUGAUGGAGUACGACACAGAGAACAUGAACUCUGACGAGAUCUACAGCUCUCUGCGUGGCGUGACGGAGGCCAUCCAGAACUUCAGCUUCCGCAGCCAGGAGGACGUCAUGGAGCCCGUCAGACGGGACGGCAAGAGAGACGACCCGGCUGGUGGAAUGGCGUCGUCGGGGGCGGAGCAGCGUGUGGACGUGGUGGACGGCGGUAGUGGCGGCGGCCGGACGGCGCUGGACAACAAGACGUCCCUCCUGAACACGCCGUCUCCGCGCUCCUUCAGCGGGCCGCGCGGCCGCGACUACAACCCCUACAACUACACCGACACCAUCAGCGGCUACGACCGCAGCGCCCUCAAGGAGGCCGUGUUCGACGACGACGCAGAGCACUUCAGAGACGGUCGUCGACAGCAGGAAGGUGGUGAGAAUAAGAUCAUGCACCCCAAGGCCUUCCCAACAGGAGCAGGGCAGCAGCUGGAGCUGGUGGGGGACCUGCUGAAGGAGUUGUCCAGCUCCAUGGGGGACCGCGUGGAGGAGCGGCGCACGGCGCUGCUGGAGCUGCUCAAGGUGACGCGCGAGGACUGCCUGGCCGUCUGGGACGAGCACUUCAAGACCAUGCUGCUGCUGCUGCUGGAGACGCUCGGGGAUAAAGACCACACCAUUCGGGCCCUGGCGCUCCGGGUUCUGAGAGAGGUCUUACGGAACCAGCCGGCCCGCUUCAAGAACUAUGCAGAACUCACCAUCAUGAAGACCCUGGAGGCUCACAAGGACUCCCAUAAAGAGGUGGUGCGUGCGGCGGAGGAGGCGGCCUCCACCCUGGCCAGCUCCAUCCACCCGGAGCAGUGCAUCAAGGUGCUGUGCCCCAUCGUGCAGACGGCCGACUACCCCAUCAACCUGGCCGCCAUCAAGAUGCAGACCAAAGUCAUCGAGCGCAUCGCCAAGGACUCACUCAUCACGCUGCUGCCCGACAUCAUCCCCGGCCUGCUGCAGAGCUACGAUAACACUGAGAGUAGUGUGCGCAAGGCGAGUGUGUUCUGUCUGGUGGCCAUCUACUCUGUGAUCGGAGAGGACCUCAAGCCUCACCUGGCCCAGCUCACGGGCAGCAAGAUGAAGCUGCUGAACCUGUACAUCAAGAGGGCCCAGACCACCAACAGCAACAGCAGCAGCUCUUCAGACGUCUCCUCCCACAGCUAAAGACCAAUCCCCCAGUCCUCCAAUCACCUAGGCAACCCCACUCAGACGUCUCCUCCCACAGCUAAAGACCAAUCCCCCAGUCCUCCAAUCACCUAGGCAACCCCACUUAGACGUCUCGUCUCAUAGCUAAAGACCAAUCCUCCAGUCCUCAAGUCACCUCACCGUUCCACUACGCCAGUUAACGCCACCCUAAUGUCACACACACCCGCCCAUAAGGCCUCAUCUCCACCCAGAAGUUCCGAUCAUAAGCAAGACACUUUAUCCCGCUGAAAUUCAGUGUUGUUUGUCCCUCUGUCUCGCCCAUUGGUAAACAGUGUUUGAGAUUGUUUGUUUUUUUCCUGAUUUGGUAAUUCCGUUAACUCCACAGCUCUGGUUAUGAUUGCGUGGGUAUUUCAGAAUAUGGUGUUCUAUGUUUUCUUUCGUUUGUUUAUUUUGUUUGUUUGUUGAAUGUAAGGGACUCUUUGGGUCUCCAUGACUACGCUGCCUCGUGGCUCUCCAGAACAUUCUGAUGUGAGAUCAGUCAUCUUGGGAACAGAGGCGCAUUUCUGGGCAUUUAAAGAUUUUACUGUAAGUGUUAAAACUCUAGAGGAAAAAAAACAAAACAAAACAAACAUGCAAGUCUGUGAUGAGGUCUCUACUUGAUCUUUUUUGUUUUCACGUUGCCCAUGGAAGGUGAAGAGGAAACUGUGAAUUUCUAGGGAAUCGUUCCUUCUCCGUCUCCCGUCACAGUCGCUAUGUUUGUUGUCGUUUGGGAAUGUACAGUCGUGGCAUGGGGGUGUUUUCAGUCACAAUCAUUCACUUUGUGUGCUAGACUGUCGGAUCAUUGUUUGGCUGGGCCAGUGAUUAACUUUAGAAAAUUCUGAUUUGACUCAGAGGUCAAAGGUGAAUCUUGGAAGGUGAGGAAGUAGAGACUUUUCCGUUAUUUUUCACAAGGACCACUUAAUUUUUAUGUGAUUUCAUUCCUUUAUUUUUUGCUAUUAAGGACCAGAUUAUGUAAGAAGGUUGAAUAUAUGAAUAUGAUUGUGUAUCAGAUAGAAGCGUUACUUUAAAAGAAGUAAGAAGUACUAGUAAUCUAAGUAUAAUUGAUAGUUCCCUGAAACACAAGUUUAUGCUGGAAUUUUUAAAACCUUAUCAGUGUUUUAUUUUGUUCUUGAGAUCCCCAAAUAGAACAUGGCUUGGCAUAAAGGAAAUAUCAACUUGAUUGAUAGUUUCAGGGAGGGAAGAGGGGGAUGUUUGGACAAUCUCAGUUGUGUAGAAUAAUAAACAUGCAGUCCCAGUGAGCAAAAUGAAAAUUCUUACAAAAGGCUGUGGACAUUUCAGCCAAAAAAUGUCUAUGUAGGAUGUUUUUCCAGAGCAAUAAUCUUAAGAAAAAAAUAAUUAAUCCAAAUUGGAUUUGCUCGUAUUCAGUGCACUGUUACAACAAAAAGAAGCGAAAGAUCAUCCCAGCCCGUUAUAUACCCCUUGAUUCCUGGCGUCCGCGUCGUUUUUUGAUGGGCUUGUAAAAAGGUGAAAGUUCACAGACAUUCUGAGCUGCUCUGCAUACGAAAGUCCGACGCCUCACCUAAAGUAUGUACUCACUGAACGUUGGAGUGCAUCAUUCAGGGCUUGGGAGGGGGGAGUUUUCGGACAACACUAGUCGGCCUUACUGAGUACUGUGAGCACUGUCUCACUGCGUUGGGGCGUCCCGUAGGAGGUCUUCUCCGAGCCCUGUAUGGGGAGGGGAGGGGGGGGGAGGGGGGUCCCCAGUACUGUGGAAGAGUACUGUGGAUGGAAGCAGUGAUAUGUAGUUUGGUUUUCAUCCAUGUCUUAUCUAUUUAUGGAAGUUCUCUGCCUGUUAUCUCUUCCCCGAUGUGAUUGUCGAGCUUUGGGCAGUUUUUAAUGAAAAGCUUUAUAUAUAAAUAUAUAAAUAUACAUAAUACAUCUACACACAGAGCUCUCAACCCAAGGCCACUGCUUUGGCAGGUUUUGAACACGUUGUGUAAAAAAGGACUCACUCACUCUUCUUUUGCACGCUAAGCAAAUGCAUGCACAUUUUUCCCCUUUAUUUGCUUCAUCAGUCCCUGCAGGCCUACAAAACCAAAUCAACCUCUCCUUCUCUUUUAUUUGAUUUGAUUUGUAUUCCCCCCCCCCCCCCCUUCUCUUUGCCCACCUGUGCAUUUUGGCACGGUGUCUUGUUUUUGCUCAAGCGUAGGAUGUAGCCGAGACUGAGCGAACAUAACUGCUUCUGGCUGCGUUUCUGAAACCUCCAGAGCCGGACGUUUAACCCUGAGCGAGCGAGUGAGCGAGCGCCCGUGCUGCCGCCGGGACUCACGUAGACCAGGGAGGUCUGUUACUUUUACGUUACGUUUACGUUUAGUCAUCUCUCUCCACACGUUUGGAAGUCUUACACAGAGUUUUUGGGACUUUGGAAAAAAGUUACUAGUGAAAGUGCACACUUGGAGGAGCGUUUCCCCGAUGCCUAGUAGUACCAUCUGUUCCACUCUCCUCCACUUGAUCAUCCGCAAAAUGUAUUUAACUGGGGGCUGCUUCCCUACACCUGCUAGGGAGAGGGCCAGUGUUCAGUAGAAGGCAGUUUGUUAAAGAUGGCAGCCGAUUACGUAUUGCUUUGUUGCUCUGCUAAUGUUGACCAUUAGGAAUGGUGUACUUGCAAACUGCUUACUGCGCAUGCCCCUUGCUCUUUCUUCCUCCUCUUCUUCUUCUUCCUCCUCUUCUUCUUCUUCUUCUUCCUCUCUAAUCUGUAUUUAUGUUCUUUUUUUCUUUGUGUGUAUUAUGACAAAUGUACAUAUGACCCAUUUUUUUUUCCUUUUUUUUUUUUGUCAAGUCACUUGUGAUGGAAUUUGCAAAAUGAACUUAAUUUUGCUUUAGAAAUAAAAUAAAACCUCAGUUUUCCAUGGUG